AUGGUUACUAAAGGGAUUGUUCAUGGGCACAAAAUUUCAAACAAGAGAAUAGAGGUUAAUCAAGCUAAGGUAGAAAUAAUUGAAAAGUUACCACCACCUACUAAUGUUAAGGCCAUCAGAAGCUUCUUAGGCCAUGCAGGUUUCUACAGGAGGUUUAUCAAAGACUUCUCCAAACUUGCAAAACCCCUGUGCAAUCUUCUAGUUGUAGACACACCUUUUGUUUUUGGUGAGCACUGCUUGUAUGGCUUCGAAACUUUAAAGGCAAAGCUUGUCAUUGCACCUAUCAUUUCUGCACCCAACUGGGCCCUACCAUUCAAGCUGAUUCGUGUUCUAAAUGAUGCUCAAAGAAACAAUACCACCACCGAGAAGGAACUACUAGCAGUUGUCUAUGCAAUUGAUAAGUUCAGAUCUUAUUUGAUUGGUUCAAAGGUCACUGUUUACACUGACCAUGCUGCUCUCAAGGACAAAAAGGGAUCAGAAAACCAGGUGGCAGAUCAUUUAUACCGAAUUCAACCUAAAGCAGGGAUGCCCCUGCCCAUCACUGAGGUGACCGAUACUUUCUUUGAUGAGCAGGUUUUUGCAAUCCAAAGAGCACCAUGGUUUGCAGACAUUGCAAACUAUAAAGCCAUGAAGUUCAUUCCGAAGGAGUACAGCAGAAAAGAUGCUUGGAUGGAAAAAUCCGACGUUGUGUCUCCGAGGAAGAAACCCAGCAGAAUCUCUAGCAUUGUCAUGGGUCUGAAUAUAGAGGCCAUUUUAGAGAAGAGCAAACAACCACCAAGGUCCUUCAGAGCAGAUUCUGUUGGCCAACACUCUUCAAGGACUCCUAAGAGUUUGUCCGCAAUUGUGACAAGUGCCAACGAGCUGGAAAUCUCCCUCAAAAUCAAGAAAUGCCACAACAAGGAAUUUUGGAAAUUGAGCUGUUUGAUGUAUGGGGAAUAA